CACAAAUGCACGUUCCAGCUUCAGAUGACAGAAUUACAGAUGAAGGAGGAUACAGGAUGCUGGAACGGGGUUUGAGUUCUGAGGAGGAAUGCUUGCGGAGCCAAAAUAGCGUGAAGGGAAAGGAGAGGCUGGAAAGGAGCAGCUAUAAUUUGGAAACUUGAAUAAUUUAGGUGAGGGGAUCAGCGUGACUGGGAAUUGGAAACUUGUCGCCUGAUUCCAGCUCCUGCUGUGGUGUGAUGCCUACUGCAGUCUGAUAGCUGGGGACUGUUAGCUCGCCUCGUCCUGCUACCUGUUGGACAGGCGGCGAGUCUGAGUGAGUGACAGAGGGAUCCCAGCCGUACAGAGCAGCGCCGCCCCCAGCGCCCAGCUGCCGCUUCUCCCUCACUGUGCAGCGGCCUGAGAGCGCAGAGCGCCCCGGCUCCUGGGCGCAGGGAGGGCGGCGAGCAGGGGGGGAGAACCGAGCCCGCUCCAGCCCCGCACCCCGAGAAUGGCUCAGCAGAGAUGAGCGGCCAACAGGACGGCAUCAGCCUGUGCGAGAAAGCUCUCCACAUCGUGACCGAGCUCUGCUUCAGGGGGCUGGUGGAGCAGAAGAAAUGUUACGAAUUUAUCUUCAGCGGAGAGCGCAGGAAGAGCGGAAUCAGCGGAGCAGACAUUUCAGUCAGUCUCCUUGCUGUAGUCGUCUGUUUCUGUGGGCUUGCCUUGUUGGUAGUGUCUCUGUUUGUGUUUUGGAAGCUUUGCUGGCCAUACUGGAGGAAUAAAGAUCUCACCUCUAAUGCAAAUAACGUCCCUCAGCAAACAUCGAGCGAAGUUCCAGAACCUGUGGAGACUCCAGAGAAAAAGGAGAUCAAGGAGAUUAAAGAGAUUAAAGAGAAUGGGAAGAAUCCAGUCACACAACUGGCGACCGCCAUGAAGAUCAGCCAGACCUCCCCCGAUAUCCCUGCUGAGGUCCAAGCAGCUCUCAAGGAGCAUCUUCUCAAACACACGCGCGUGCAACGCCAGACGACUGAACCGACAUCCUCCUCCAGGCAUAAUUCCUUCAAAAGGCACUUACCAAGACAAAUGCAUGUGUCGAGUGUGGAUUUCAGUAUGGACAGCAUGCAAAGAGACAGCCUGCAGAGAGGGGAGACAACCACCAGUAUUGGACGAAUUAAACCGGAGCUGUAUAAACAGAAGUCUGUCGACUCUCAGGAUGGUGAGCAAGAGGAUGUGAAAACGAGUGGAAAAUUAAACCUUACCCUUAAGUAUGAUUACGAGAAUCAGCAUUUGAUCGUAACCAUUCUCAAAUCCUUGGACUUGCCAGCAAAAGACUUUUCUGGAACCUCGGACCCUUACGUUAAAAUUUACCUCCUUCCGGAUCGGAAAAAGAAAUUCCAGACUCGAGUUCACAGAAAGACACUCAAUCCCAUCUUUAAUGAAACCUUUCAGUUCCCAGUGCCCUUGGACCAGCUCAGCAACAGGAAGCUGCAUUUCAGUGUUUAUGACUUUGACCGAUUUUCGAGACAUGACAUGAUUGGGGAGGUAAUUGUGGAUAACCUGUUUGAGCUGUUGGAACCUCCAAGGGAAGAUACCAUCUGGAGGGACAUCAUUUGUGUCAAGACCGAAAGCGUGGAUUUAGGGGAGAUUAUGUUUUCUCUUUGCUACCUUCCAACAGCUGGUCGGAUGACACUGACAGUCAUCAAGUGCAGGAACCUUAAAGCCAUGGACAUCACCGGAUUCUCUGACCCAUAUGUAAAGGUUUCUCUAAUUUGUGAGGGACGAAGACUGAAAAAGCGAAAAACCACGACAAAGAAGAACACUCUGAACCCAGUUUACAAUGAGGCUAUCAUCUUUGAUAUUCCUCCAGAGAGUAUGGAGCAAGUCAGUCUCUCGAUUACAGUCAUGGACUAUGAUCGCGUCGGUCAUAAUGAAGUCAUUGGGGUUUGUCGUGUAGGACAAGAUGCUGAAGGCCUUGGACGUGAUCACUGGAAUGAAAUGCUAGCAUACCCUCGCAAACCGAUUGCCCACUGGCACCCAUUGGCAGAGGCACCAGGUCGAGCGACCAGCUUUGACAGUCAAGGAUCCUGCCCUUCUCCAAAGCUGCCACCCACACCGUAGAGCUGCUGCUUGCCCAAGGCUGAACACCUCUGAGUUGUUACUGGAGAGCAUCUGGAAAUGUCUGUCUUAUUGAUAGAACAGGAGUGAAGCAGUGCAAUAGUGUGAGUGUGGGUGAAGCCCACAACACUGUUUCAUGAGUGGACAGAGGUGAUGGGUCCAGAUACUCUGCAAAGAACUACAAGGGAUCACUAGCAUGUGAAAAUGUCGGUGACGGAGAUCACUCUUUAUUGAAAAUUUUAAAUCCUUUGAUUAGGAAAAUGGGAACAGAAGGAGCCCAGUCAACCCCACUUGCCCAUCUAGCUCAUUCCAUUCAAUGGUGGUUGGCCCGUGUACCUUACACUAUUUCCCUACCUUGGUGAAGAAUUCUGAUCAACUGGUUAUGUCAUACGGCUACAAAUCUGAAAUGAUCUUUUCCCAAAGAUAUUGCCCUGACCUGCUGAAUAUUUGAGCACUUAUUUCAAACUUUCAGCGUCCAGGAUAGUUCCCUUUCGUAAACAAUGCAUCAAUCCCAGUCUUGAAGUUUUUUUAAAAUUGAUAUCCAGCCCUACAAGCUUACAGAGGGGGACAGAGUUCCAAAUUCCACCCCUCUUCGUGUGAAGAAGUAUUUCAUUACAUUAACGCUGAAUGGCCUGGAACUUUAA